GAGCAGAGCAAAGUUAGAAGGAAGUUUUUGCCCAGAAUCGUAGAAAAGCGUAUUUUCUGAAAAUUGUGCAUUGGGGCCUAUUGGGACUAUUAUUUAGUUGUUUUAUCAAUAAUCCCGUAUUCAAAGAAUCUGAAGCUGAUUCUCCAUCAUAUAAAGUAAAAUCCUAUCAGGAUGAGCUUUUUUGGAAAACUAUUUUCCGGGAAGAAGGGUGAACCCGCCCCGACUCCAAGUGAGGCCAUUCAGAAGCUGAGGGACAUCGAAAACAUGCUCACCAAAAAGCAAGAAUUUCUAGAGAAGAAAAUUGAAGUCGAAUUGGAUACGGCUCGAAAGAAUGGAACCAAAAACAAACGAGCUGCAAUUCAAGCCUUGAAAAGGAAGAAGCGAUACGAGAAACAGUUAACUCAAAUUGAUGGCACUUUAUCCACGAUUGAAAUGCAGCGAGAAGCGCUGGAGAAUGCCAACACUAACACGGCAGUUUUGACCACUAUGAAGAAGGCUUCCGAUGCGUUGAAAGCCGCCCAUAAGGAUAUGAACAUCGACGAUGUCCAUGAAAUGAUGGAUGACAUCGCCGAACAGAACGAUAUUGCAAACGAAAUCUCCAAUGCCGUUUCGACGGCCGUUGGAUUCGGUCAGGACAUCGACGAGGACGAACUGGAAAAGGAGCUGGAGGAACUGGAACAGGAAGAACUAGACAAAGAAUUACUGGGAGUGCAGCCAGAGACCGAUCAGCUACCAGACGUGCCAGCCACGGAUUUACCAACCAAAGCAAAAGAGAAGAAGAAAGCGGUCGCAGCAGAAGACGAGGACGAUCCGGACAUGAAAGAGCUGAUGUCAUGGGCAAACUAAUGUGUGGUGCGUUCCGACAGCGUGGUUAGGAGAGUUGUAACUCUGGUUUGCAAACUGACUCUUCUCUGCGUAAUUUCCAGCAACGCAUGCACGAUUUGUUAGUUUUUUGCAAAUGCACUUAAUAUAACCUCGUAAAAAACACAUAACUAUCAACUCUUUUCUCCGGAAUCAUAAAAAUAAAUUUCUGCUGCCUGACGCGACUUUCGUCGGCAAAUGAAGUUUGGCAUUUUGAUUGACUGUUCUGUUGUAAUUAUUUUUUUGCUGCUGCAGUAGGGAGAACUUUCAGUACAGCGUUUGACCGAUAGCUUAGAAUCUUUCUGUUGUAUUAUAUCCUAAGAUAUUAACACUAAAAAAUUUAUUGCUUGUGAAUCAAAACAAAAUCAGUGAACGUGAAUAAAUUAUCAUUUCAUAGAGUGAGAUAACAAUUAUUUACCCAAUAAAAAGGCUUAUGUGCAGUAUGUAACAACGCAU